GAACUUUGUUCGUUGCAAGAGCGAAGAGAAAUUUUUUUUUUGAGUUUUUAAAAUUUUGGAAUUAACUUUUUCAAUAUUUUAUAAACUUUUGACUAAGUUUUAACAAAACUAAUUAAAAUUUAUUGAAAUUCAAAAUUAAUUUCUCAACUCUCAAUCGAAAAUCAGUACAAAAAGUAUAAAAUUCACCUUCAAAAUCACUUAAUCUUUCCUAUCUACUUUAUCUAAGUCUAUUUCGUCACUUACUCAGUGCUAUCUUGAGGUUUUUCCAGUUUCUAUAAAUAACAAAAGUGUUCAAAAAUUUAUUUAAAUGUUUAAUCUAACCAGAACGAUCAUUAGUAGACAAUCCAGUAGAAUGUUAUCGACUUUCGAGACGCUGAAGGUUUCCACACCGAAGGCAUUUGUUGCUCAUGUUGAGCUCAAUAGACCAGACCGAUUGAAUGCCUUAAACUACACUUUAUGGCAUGAAAUCGGCCAAUGCUUUGACGAACUUAACGCAUCUGAGGAUGUCAGAUCAAUUGUACUAACAGGAGCUGGAAAGCACUUCACAGCUGGUAUUGAUUUAAUGGACAUGCUUCAAGUUGGACAGAAACUUGCAGGAGUCACUGACGUAUCUAGAAAAGCCAAAAUCAUGGAGGAACUGAUCGUUCAUCAUCAAAAUUCCAUUUCAUCACUUGAAAGAUGUGUCAAGCCUGUCAUUGCAGCUACACAUUCAGCUGUUGUUGGUGCUGGUGUUGAUAUAGUCUCCACAGCUGACAUCAGAUACUGCACAAAAGACUGCUGGUUCUCGAUUAAAGAAGUUGACAUUGGAAUGGCUGCAGAUGUUGGAACUUUACAGCGCUUUCCAAAAGCAAUUGGCAGUCAAAGUUUGGUCCGCGAGCUUUGCUUUACAGGAAGGAAAUUUAAGUCAGACGAAGCACUUCGCUGGGGUUUUGUAACGAGAGUUUUUGACACAAAAGAGGAGCUUGUUGAAGCAUCAUUGAAGCUUGCAGAAGAAAUUGCAUCUAAAUCACCUGUGGCUGUCCAAGGAACUAAGAAGAAUUUGGUAUAUUCAUUGGAUCACACAAAUCAAGAAGGUCUAGAUCAUAUUAUGGAGAUUAAUAGGAUGAACUUACAGAGUGAGGACUUUGUUAAUGCUGUUAUGGCUGGGCAGUCAAAGGGAGAAGCUGCUGUGUUUUCUAAGUUGUAGAUUUUGGUGACUUUUUUUGGUGCAAU